AAAUGGCGCACGAUCACGUGUUGUGACUAUGAGUGUGUCCUGACCGCUAGCUGACAACCAUGAAGUAAAACAAGCUUUAUGUCAUUUUGAUAAGUGCGUUGACGUCAGCGACACUCGCAGCGUGAAGUAAAAACUAACCUGAAAUGUUUACACAUAGAUAGCUAGCGGUCAUCGCUGCAUACUGCUGACUUAACCGGACUAUUGUGGAGCAGUCAAGAUGGACACCGCUGAGGAAGCGGACAUUUGUCGGGUAUGUCGGUCAGAGGGGACCCAGGACAAACCGCUCUACCACCCCUGUGUUUGUACUGGCAGCAUCAAAUUCAUCCACCAGGAAUGCUUACUGCAGUGGUUAAAACACAGCAGAAAAGAAUACUGUGAAUUAUGCAAACACAGGUUUGCAUUUACACCAAUCUACUCUCCAGACAUGCCGUCUCGCCUGCCUGUGCAGGACAUCUUUGCUGGGCUGGUCACCAGUAUUGGAACUGCCAUCAGAUACUGGUUCCACUACACACUGGUGGCAUUUGCCUGGCUCGGUGUGGUACCUCUCACAGCAUGUCGUAUCUACAAGUGUUUAUUUACUGGCUCCGUGAGCUCUCUCCUUACCCUGCCGUUAGAUAUGCUAUCAACACAGAACCUGCUUGCUGACUGCCUCCAGGGCUGUUUUGUGGUCACGUGCACACUGUGUGCCUUCAUCAGCCUGGUGUGGCUCAGAGAGCAGAUUGUCCAUGGUGGUGCCCCUCAGUGGUUAGAGCAGAAUCAGCCUCCUCUGGUUCCCAACCAACCCAACGGCCCCGCACCUGCAAAUGAGGGUGCAGGUGGUAACGGUGCCGUUAAUGCACAGGCUGCUGCAGAUGCUGCAGCUGCCCAGAACCCUGCAGACGUGGCUCCAGACAGGCUGGCACCAGCCAACCCUCAUGAAGCCGGCAACAACGGAGAGGAGGCUGAACUGGAUGAAGAUGAAGAUGACGACGAUGGAGAGGACGAUGACGAAGAGGAAGAAGAGGAUGACGAUGAGGAAGGCAGGGAAGAAGAUGCUGCCGAUGCCAAUAAUGCAGGGCAAGAAGAUUUGAACUGGAAUGCCCUGGAGUGGGACCGUGCAGCAGAAGAGCUGACAUGGGAAAGGAUGCUAGGACUGGAUGGGUCUCUAGUUUUUCUGGAGCAUGUCUUCUGGGUUGUGUCUCUCAACACACUCUUCAUCCUGGUCUUUGCUUUUUGCCCAUACCACAUUGGCCAUUUCUCAGUGGUUGGACUGGGUUUUGAGGACUACGUCAAAGCCUCACACUUUGAUGGCCUCAUCACCACUGUCCUGGGGUACAUCCUCUUGGCCGGAGCACUCAUUGUCUGCCAUGCAUUGGCUUCUUUAGUGAAGUUCCAGCGAUCCAGACGCCUUUUGGGUGUCUGCUACAUCGUCGUCAAGGUGUCCCUGCUGGUUGUCAUGGAGAUCGGCUUGUUCCCGCUGAUUUGUGGUUGGUGGCUGGAUAUUUGUUCACUGGAGAUGUUUGAUGCUACACUGAAGGACAGAGAGCAGAGCUUUGACACCGCUCCUGGUACCACCAUGUUCCUCCACUGGCUGGUUGGUAUGGUCUACGUCUUUUACUUCGCCUCCUUCAUCCUUCUCCUCAGAGAGGUGCUCCGACCAGGUGUGCUGUGGUUCCUGAGGAACCUGAAUGAUCCUGACUUCAACCCAGUCCAAGAGAUGAUCCACCUGCCCAUCUACCGACACCUCCGGAGGUUUAUACUCUCCGUGGUGGUGUUUGGUUCCAUAGUCCUGCUGAUGCUCUGGCUGCCUAUCAGAAUCAUUAAACUCCUCUUCCCGACCUUCCUUCCCUACAAUGUCAUGCUUUACAGCGAUGCCCCGGUCAGCGAGCUGUCGUUGGAGCUGCUGUUACUCCAGGUUGUUCUGCCGGCGUUGCUGGAGCAGGGCCACACUCGCCAGUGGCUCAAACGCCUCGUCCACGCCUGGACAUUCACAGCUGGAUACGUCCUUGACCUUCACUCAUACCUGCUGGGGGACUACGAAGACGAUGACAACCAGCCAAAUAACCCACCUGGUCACCACAACAACAACAACAACAAUCGCAUCCCUGGUCUAGGGGAGGGCCUUCACGCUGCCCAUCAAGCCAUCCUGCAGCAGGGCGGUCCUGUGGGCUUCCGGCCGUACCACAGGCCCAUCAACUUCCCUCUGAAGAUCGUCCUGCUGAUUGUCUUGAUGUGUGUGACGCUGUUACUAGCUAGUCUGAUCUGCCUUACGUUGCCGGUGUGUGUGGGUCGUUGGAUGAUGUCCAUCUGGAUGGGCAGCGCUAUGGUUCAUGAGCUGUACACAGCCGCCAGUGGUCUGUACGUCUGCUGGCUGGCCAUCCGAGCAGCCACAGUGAUGCUGUCCUGGAUGCCUCAGGGACGGACGGUCAUCAUGCUCAAAGUCAAUGAGUGGACUCUCAUGAUCCUUAAGACUGUGGUGGUAGCUGUGAUGUUAGCUGGAGUGAUUCCUCUACUGUUGGGUCUGCUGUUUGAGCUGGUCAUUGUUGCUCCUCUCAGAGUCCCCCUGGACCAGACACCUCUCUUCUACCCCUGGCAGGACUGGGCCUUGGGCGUUCUUCAUGCUAAAAUCAUUGCUGCCAUAACACUGAUGGGCCCUCAGUGGUGGCUUAAGACCGUCAUCGAGCAGGUGUAUGCCAACGGCAUCAGAAAUAUCGACCUCCAUUUCAUUGUGCGAAGGCUGGCUGCCCCAGUCAUCUGUGUCCUGCUGCUGUCUCUCUGUGUGCCCUACACCAUCUCUAAAGGUCUUACACCACUGCUGGGAGUCCAGCCAGAGAUGCAGACACUGGUGGAGAGGAGAAUCUAUCCGUUUCUGCUGAUGGUGGUCAUGCUGCUGGCCAUUCUGUUCUUUCAGAUACGACAGUUCAAACGUCUCUAUGAACACAUCAAAAAUGACAAGUACCUGGUUGGGCAGAGACUUGUGAACUACGAGCGUAAGACAGGCAGGAGCACGGCCACCUCCUCUUACAGCACAUCCUCAUAGAGCUUACGCCCCUGAUGAGGGGUCAGUGGAGCUGACUCACCUUCCACGGGCACCGUGGGCCCCUGCGGUGAAACCUUUUAGUUUUUCUCCUUAUGUGGCUGUCAACUUCAAACACAACCUUUAAACUUUUCACUGCAGCCCAGUCCUUUUAUUCACCAACAUCUCCCACAGUCACAGCUUGGGAGACACAUACAUAGAAGACAAACAAAAAACUGUCUGACUAGACUUCAAGGAAAAUUUGAAUUUCACAACAAGGUUACUAAACCUUGAAACCUGCGAAUACUGUCAGCGUGGUCGAAGCUGCCUGACUGUCCAUCCUGUGAACUGUGUUUGUAUUUUUUGUUCCCCAACACAGCUGAUAUUUUACUUUAUUUUACUAGGCUUUGGUCAGGUCAGUUAAGAGCUGCUUUUACCUCAGACCGUGCUUCCCUUAGAAUGUUUGUUGUGAAAUGCUGCCUAGGUCUCACAGACCCUAUUCGGAACUAUGGAGGAGAUAUUUGGACUGUCAUGGGAAGGCCUCCGUGUUCAUGUUCUCAUUGCUGAUUUUUUUUUUCUCAAAUGACACCUGUAAUUAAAUUUAGGUCGUCAGUCAUAAGGAGGGACAUAGAAGAUGUAGCAACCAGGUUUGUUUUCUUUUUAGAUGUUUUUAUUAGAUGAGUUUUCAUUGAUUUUUAGUGUUAUAUUUCUGGAGUGAGCUAGAUAGUACUCUGAGGAUUCCUUUGAACUCAAGAUGUAGGAAAAGAGAAGAAGAGGAUUUUUUUUUUGCCACUGCCUAGAGCAGGUUUUCUUUUUUAUUCUGUGUCAUUGAGUUUUAUUAACUGGUCUAUGUUCUACCCUCCUGAGAUUCUGGUUGGUUUCACAAGUUUUAUAUAAAAGUGAAUACACUAACAGGAGAGGCAAGGUUCUCAACCCGAAAAAAAGUCCAAAAGUCCGUUUUCAGCUGUGUCUUUAUUAAAAAUUUAUAUUUUUUGACAUGAA